GCUUACGUUCCUCUCUGGGGAUGGAAAUAGAGUCAACGGCAAGAAUGGGCAGAUCUGGCGUCUCCAAUAGUCGCGUAGGCUACGGGGCCGCUAGAAUAUUCUCAAUGCCGUCGUGGUAAUGGUAGCAUCCUCAGUUUGGUGAAGUACAAGCCAAACCGAAACUUAGAAACGCAUCUGUUGCAUUUUAGAUGCCUUCCACCCGUCCAAAGACCCCCCAGGGCAAUGCCGCAAUGGGCUCUCAGGAUACACUCUCUUCAAAACGCGCCAGCGACAUGGAAGCGGCUACAGAGCCUACCGCAAAUUCCAAAGAAGAUCCUGGUCAUCCGGGCCAACAGUCGAACGAGGCACCUAACAAGGUGACCACCACCCUCGUGAUAGUUUCCGUGCUCCUUAGCAUGUUCCUGGUUGCUCUGGACAGAACGAUCGUGUCUACGGCCAUACCAGUCAUAUCGAAUGAAUUCAACUCCCUCAGCGACGUGGGUUGGUACGGAAGCGCCUACCUGUUGACAUGCUGCGCGUUCCAGCUGCUGUUCGGCAAGAUCUACACCUUCUUCCCCGUCAAGAUUGUCCUCCUCACCAGCAUCCUGAUCUUCGAGGCGGCGUCGGCGAUCUGCGGAGCAGCUCCCAACUCGGUGGCCUUCAUCGUGGGGCGAGCAAUCAGCGGAGUCGGCGCCGCAGGACUCUUCGCCGGAACGAUCGUCUGCACCGUCCAGGUUGUCCCGCUACACCAACGUCCAAAGAUCCAAGGCCUCUUCGGCGCCCUGUUCGGCCUUGCCUCCAUCAUCGGCCCCAUCGUCGGCGGUGCCUUCACUUCCCAUGUGACCUGGAGGUGGUGCUUCUACAUCAACCUGCCCAUCGGUGGCGUCGCCAUGGCUGUCAUUGUGCUUUUCCUCAAGCUUCCCGAUCCCGAGACAACCAAGCUGCCCCUGGCCAAGAAACUGGUGCAGCUCGAUCUCCUCGGGACCGCCAUCUUGGUCCCAGGCGUGGUAUGUCUCCUCCUGGCUCUGCAGUGGGGCGGCACAACAUAUGCUUGGAACGAUGGCCGCAUCAUAGCCCUCCUAACCCUCACCGGCGUCCUGGGCGUCAGCUACUGCCUCGUCCAAGUCUUCACCAGCACCGCCACCCUCCCCCCGCGUCUCGUCAAGCAGCGGAACGUCGUCUCCGCCUUCUGGGCAACCCUCACCAUCAACUCGGGCAUGUACAUCUUCAUCUACUUCCUCCCCAUCUGGUUCCAAGCGGUGCGGGGCGUCUCCCCCGUCGACUCGGGCAUCCGCCUGCUACCGGUCAUGCUAUCCAUGGUGGUCGGCUCCAUCCUCGCGGGCGGCCUCAACGCCAGGAUCGGCUACUACACCCCCGUCGGCAUGGUCGGCUCAUGCAUCAUGGUCGUCGGCGCGGGCCUGCUCACCACCUUUCGCGUCGACACAGACUCAGCAAAAUGGAUCGGCUACCAGGUGCUGUACGGGUUCGGCAUGGGCACCUGCUUCCAGGUGCCCAACCUCGCCGUACAGACCGCCCUGGCCCCGAAGGACGUGCCCGUCGGCUUGGCGCUGAUGUUCUUUGGCUCGCUGAUCGGCUCGACCGUCUUUGUGUCGGUCGGGGAGAACGUGCUGAGCAACCAGCUGCUCAAGCGGCUUGCGGGGCUGCCCGGGUUCGAUGACAGGCUUGUGACCUCGGGGGGCGCGACGGCCCUGCUGGACUCGAUCGCGCCCGGUGCGAGGGGGGCGGCGCUGGUGGCCUACAACGCCGCGCUGCGGGAUGUUUUUCUCGUUGGGCUGAUUGUGACGUGCUUGGCGGUGCUGGGUACGUUUACGCUGGAGUGGCUUAGCGUUAAGAAGGACAAGAAGAAGGCGGCGUCUCCUACUCCUGCUGAGCAUAGUGGAGACGCGGAGGAGAAGGAGGUGGGCGAGACCGGGAAGUGAGGCGAGCGUGGUGCACGACCGGCUGGGUAUGCGGUGACGAUGGACGAUGGAGAGAGAGAUUUUGUGGUCGGUGUUAGAAAAGGGGUUCAGACAUGUUUUGGACGAUCGCCUAGGAUAUAGAAUAGAGGGUGAGUCAUUGGA